CAGCCGAGCAGCAUGUCCCGAAGGAAACAGAGCAAACCCAGGCAGAUCAAACGGCCCCUUGAGGAUGCCAUUGAGGAUGAAGAAGAAGAGUGCCUGUCUGAGGAAAAUGAUACUAUCUCAAAAGAAGACUUUCCAUUGGAGGAAAGCUUUUCUGCAGAGUUUGAGCCUGAAAACCUGAGCUGUGAAGAAGUGGAAUACUUUUGUAAUAAAGGCAAUGAAGAAGGCAUCCAGGAGGCAGCAGAAUCUGAUGGUGAUGCGAGGUCAGAGAAACCAGGGCAGCUUGCUGUGGAGACUGAAGAUUGGGAUGGGCCAGGAGAGUUGGAGGUGGUCCAGAAAGACGGGGAGCGCAAGAUUCAGAGCCGGCAGCAGCUUCCGGUUGGAACAACAUGGGGGCCUUUUGCUGGGAAGAUGGAUCUGAAUAAUAACACCUUGAAGACAAAGGCUUCAGUCCCUAUGGUACUGACUGCUGGCCCCAAGUGGUUGCUGGAUGUGACUUGGCAAGGAGUAGAAGACAACAAAAACAACUGCAUUGUGUACAGCAAAGGAGGGCAGCUUUGGUGUACCACGACCAAGGCCAUCUCAGAGGGUGAAGAGCUGAUUGCCUUUGUUGUAGAUUUUGACUCAAGGCUGCAAGCUGCUAGUCAGAUGACUCUCACAGAAGGGAUGUAUCCUGCACGCCUGCUGGACUCAAUACAAUUGCUCCCUCAACAAGCUGCAAUGGCAUCUAUUUUGCCUACGGCUAUUGUGAACAAGGACAUAUUCCCUUGUAAAUCCUGUGGCAUUUGGUAUCGAAGCGAGCGGAACCUGCAGGCCCAUCUUAUGUACUACUGCAGUGGGAGGCAAAGAGAGGGGCCUCAGCUGUCAGAGGAGAACGAAGAUAGUGCUCAGCAGAUAUCCAGUGUCUGCCCCUUUCCGCAGUGCACCAAAAGUUUUUCUAAUGCAAGAGCUCUGGAAAUGCACCUAAAUUCUCACAGUGGAGUGAAAAUGGAAGAAUUUCUCCCGCCCGGUGCUAGUCUGAAAUGCACAGUUUGUACUUACACUGCAGACUCAGUGAUUAACUUUCAUCAGCACCUGUUCUCGCAUCUUACUCAAGCUGCCUUUAGAUGCAAUCACUGCCAUUUUGGCUUCCAAACUCAGAGGGAGCUACUGCAGCACCAAGAAUUACAUGUCUCUGGCAACAAGAUUCAGAGAGAAAGUGACAUUGAACACUCUCCAAGUAGAAACGAAGAAGGUUUACAGCCAGCGACAGACCUGUUGAGCAGAAAUGAUGUUCCCCAGAGCCAAAAGACCAUGCAGACUAAAGAUGCAAGUUCUGAUACAGAGCUUGAUAAAUGUGAAAAAAAGGCUUCACUUUUCCUUCCAAACCAGAGGCCAGAAACACAGCCUGCAACGAAUAAGCAGAGUUUUUCGUACACUAAAAUAAAAUCUGAACCAUCCAGUCCAAGACUUGCUUCAUCGCCAGUUCAGCCUAAUAUUGGUCCUUCUUUCCCAAUGGGACCUUUUCUUUCCCAGUUUGCUUUUCCCCAGGACAUCACUGUGGUUCCUCAGGCUUCAGAGAUAUUAGCCAAAAUGUCUGAACUGGUUCAUCGAAGACUGAGGCAUGGAAGUAGCAAUUAUCCUCCUGUAAUUUACAGUCCUUUGAUGCCCAAAGGGGCUACAUGUUUUGAGUGUAACAUAACAUUCAAUAAUUUGGACAACUACUUGGUACACAAAAAGCAUUACUGCAGCAGCCGAUGGCAGCAGAUGGCAAAGUCACCAGAUUUUUCCAGUGUUCCAGAAAAAAUGCCAGAAGCUGUAAGUCCCAGUAAUGGUCAAAGCUCUAUAAACAUCCUGACUGCAGCUCCUCACACAUCAGAUCCAGAGAAUCAACUUCUGCAGCCAUCUUGCAUAAACUCUUCCAGUGUUUUAGAUUUGAUUGGGCCAAACAAUAAAAGUCAUGAAAAAGACUUUACAGCACAAUCGAAGAAGUUGUCAACUGCAAGCAACAGCGAUGAGAAGAUAAACGGAAAAGCUUCUGAUGUGAAGAAUCCCAAUGCUCCUUUAGUAGAAGGGGAGAGUGAUCCUAACAAGACCACAUGUGAAGCUUGUAAUAUUACUUUUAGCAGACAUGAAACGUACAUGGUCCACAAGCAGUAUUACUGUGCCACUCGCCACGAUCCCCCACUGAAGAGGUCCGCUUCCAACAAAGUGCCUGCCAUGCAGAGAACAAUGCGUACCCGGAAGCGAAGGAAGAUGUAUGAGAUGUGCCUACCAGAGCAAGAGCAAAGGCCACCACUAGUUCAACAGCGAUUUCUAGAAGUGGCUAAUCUUGGCAAUCCUUGUACAUCUACUCAAGAAUCAACAGAAGGCCUUGGAGAAUGUUACCAUCCACGGUGUGAUAUCUUCCCAGGAAUAGUCUCAAAGCACCUGGAAACAUCACUGUCUAUUAACAAGUGCGUUCCAGUUUCAAAGUGUGAUACUCCCCACUCCACUGUGUCUUGCUUGGAGAUGGAUGUGCCGAUAGAUCUCAGUAAAAAAUGCUUACCCCCGUCAGAGAGGACGUCCACUUCUCCCAAAAGGCUGCUGGACUACCAUGAGUGCACAGUAUGCAAGAUCAGUUUUAACAAGGUAGAGAACUACCUGGCUCAUAAGCAGAAUUUUUGCCCUGUCACUGCCCAUCAGCGUAACGACCUGGGACAGCUCGAAAGUAAGGUGUUUCAAAACCCAGAAAGUGAAAGAAACAGCCCAGAUGUCAGUUACGAAAGAAGCAUAAUCAAAUGUGAGAAAAAUGGAAACUCAAAACAGUCCUCUCCUAAUGGAAACUUAUUUUCCACACACUUAGCAACACUUCAAGGACUAAAAGUCUUUAGUGAAGCGGCCCAGCUUAUUGCUACAAAAGAAGAAAACAAACAUUUGUUUCUUCCACAAUGCCUUUACCCUGGAGCAAUAAAGAAAGCUAAAGGAGCAGAUCAGCUUUCUCCAUAUUAUGGAAUAAAGCCAAGUGAUUACAUUUCUGGUUCUCUCGUCAUUCAUAAUACUGAUUUAGAUCAAAGCACAAAUACAGAAAGUGAAUCUCCUAAAGGCCAGGCGCCUUCGAAUGGAUGCGCUGUGCAGAAGAAAGAGUCUCUUCCGCUAUUGCCGAAAAACCGAGGCAUGGUAAUAGUUAAUGGGGGACUGAAACAGGAGGAAAGACCUGCCGCAAACCCACAACAAGAGAACAUUUCCCAGAAUCCUCCACAUGAAGAUGGGCACAAGUCUCCUUCUUGGAUCUCUGAGAAUCCCUUAACUGCAAAUGAAAAUGUCUCUCCAGCAAUUCCUACAGCAGAGGAACAGUUGUCUAGUAUAGCUAAAGGCGUGAAUGGUUCUACCCAGGCCCCAACCAGUGGAAAGUAUUGCCGACUGUGUGACAUCCAGUUCAACAAUCUUUCAAACUUUAUAACUCAUAAGAAGUUUUAUUGCUCGUCACAUGCAGCAGAACACGUCAAAUGA